AUGAAUGGGCCAAAGGAUGCGGCAGAGGUUUUCGGUUGGCAGAUAGAUUCGCCACUGAUAGGAGAGCUGAUCGCGGCCGGAAUAAUAGGUCAUUGCAGGACAAGGAUACAUCGGGUUCUCGAGAUUCUUCUUAUCUUAGGUUUUCCGAAUACAACUUCAACCCAAAGGGAUCCUAAUUUAUGGUGCGAAUACCAUGGGACUAACGGUCACUGGACUAGGGACUGCCGGCAUUUGCGCGAAGAGGUGGCAACAUUGCUGAAAAAUGACCAUCUCAGAGAAUUCUUGAGUGAUCGGGCUAAAAACAAUUACGGCCGCAAUCGCGAUAACACGGAGCCUCCGAAAGUAGGAGAGGAUCCUCCACGUUUGACGAUCAACAUGAUUUUUACAGGGAACGAGAUUAAUGGUGUGACAUUUUCGGCGACAAAAAAGACAAAGGUGUCGGUAACCCACAGUAAGAGGCUACGGGAAGUCGCUGAGGACAAUAUUACUUUCACGGAGGAAGACGCAGAUGGGCUACUGCUGCCGCAUAACGAUGCCUUGGUAAUCUCUCUAAAUGUCUUAGAUUUUAAAAUUAAACGUGUUUUGAUGGACCCAGGAAGUUCGGCCAAUAUUAUCCGGUGGAGAUUGCUGGAACAAACCAAGCUGACUGGAAGUAUUAUUCCGGCCUCAAAACUCCUUGCCGGAUACAAUCUGGCAAGCGUUACAACCCGAGGAGAGAUCUUGCUGCCCAUGAAUGCCGAGGGGGUGAUGAAGACAACCCUUUUUGAGGCAGUGGACGGCGAUAUGGGUUACAAUAUUAACUUGGGGAGACCAUGGUUGCACGAGAUAAAAGUUGUACCGUCAACAUAUCAUGAGUUGCUGAAGUUCCCAACUCCCGAGGGAAUUAAACAAAUAAGAGGAGACCAACCGGCGGCAAAGGAGAUGAAUGCAAUCUCAGCUUCCAGUAGCAAAGGGAAGGAGCAUGCAACAUAG